GUCCAAAAUUAAUAGUUCCGCUGUGAUUUUGCGUCGAGCGCCUCGUUUUUUCUGUCGACUCUUGUCCACGUCGAGCGCCGCCAAGCGCCAAAUAUCGCUAUAGGUGCUACUCUGUAGACUUGGUCUACAAACUCCACAUCAAACCGGAAUAUGACUGAACACGUUGCACGCGUUAGCGAAGCUCAGCGACUCACCUGUAGGAAGACUUAUAAAAUGGAAAACACUUUCAUUUUGACCUCGUUUUAACCACAUCCCGAAGCCGUGUGAAAACCUCGACGCAAUCGAUUCAUUUCAGAAUUACAAUGUCUUUACACAUUAUGCUACCGAUUAUUAGAUAUAUAUCAUCAUAAUUCAGCCUCGCAUAAUUUAUACUCCAUGGACCGAUUGUGGGAAAACUGAGCUGCUACAAAUUAGUUGGUUCAGCGCCUUCGUUUUACGUAAUAUAUUGAGCUGUGGAAGAUCGCAUUUAGUCGUUUACUUCAAAUCAUUACUGCCAACGAAAAUGUACGAAAUUGUGCGCAAACUGGGAUUAUUGCUGCUCACCGUGUUCCUGUGCUCUCCUAACGUUAACGGACAGCUUGGAUAUGCGCAAUAUCAAAAUGCUAUGCCGGGCAGCAAUUACAAUCCCAGCAUGUACGGGCCGCGGUACGGUUCGGGUGGCGCCUAUAAUGGAUUUAGCUUCAAUCCGGAAGUGGGCGUAGUUGGACCUCCGGGAUUCGGCGGUGGCUAUGAGAAACUGGGUAUAGGACAGUAUCCCUUCGUCGAUCCGCAAACGUACUGGUUUCUGGCUGGGGUUAGUGCAGCUAACAGUAUAUCGCUGCAAUAUGUUUUGCCCAUAAUGUGCACAAUGUUUCUGGCGAUACGCUUGCUGCGGUGAAAAUGUUGGAUGCCUCUUAUCUGGAUGACCAUAUACGACCGCGACCGGAUGCAGGGCGCUUUCCGUAUUCGCGUGACAGCUGCAGCCAAAACACCCGAGAUUUCCAAGGCAAUCUACAAUGUUGGUUGUAUGGUCAAUGUCUUGCAUUUUUCGAGUUCUCUUGAAUUUCUAAGGUUUUCCUGACGCUGAAUUGCAUUUCUGUACUUAUUUUUACCGAAGUAUUGCAUUGUUUCUUUUGUAUGUCGAGGUUGCGCUGCGCUUGCACAAUACGUACGAUAAACUGUACAGUAAGCGUAUGAACUUGUUACUCUAAAAUUUCUUAAGUUGUGUUUUAUUUCCAAAUUCCCAAUCAUUGUCUUGAUGUCAUCUCGCUGACAAAGGCAGAAAACCAUACAAAUGCAAUUAGGUCG